AUGCCUGUUGCUGCCUGUGCCGUUGCUGCCUGUGCCUGUGCUGCCCGUGCCUGUGCUGCCCGUGCCUGUGCUGCCUGUGCUUUUGCUGCCCGUGCCUGUGCUGCCCGUGCCUGUGCUGCCCGUGCCUGUGCUGCCCGUGCCUGUGCUGCCUGUGCCUGUUGCUGCCCGUGCCUGUGCUGCCCGUGCCUGUUGCUGCCCGUGCCUGUUGCUGCCUGUGCCUGUGCUGCCCGUGCCUGUGCUGCCCGUGCCUGUGCUGCCCGUGCUUGUGCUGCCCGUGCCUGUGCUGCCCGUGCCUGUUGCUGCCCGUGCCUGUUGCUGCCCGUGCCUGUGCUGCCCGUGCCUGUGCUGCCCGUGCCUGUGCUGCCCGUGCCUGUGCUGCCUGUGCCUGUUGCUGCCCGUGCCUGUGCUGCCCGUGCCUGUGCUGCCCGUGCCUGUGCUGCCCGUGCUUGUGCUGCCCGUGCCUGUGCUGCCCGUGCUUAUUGCUGCCCGUGCCUGUUGCUGCCUGUGCCUGUGCUGCCCGUGCCCGUGCUGCCCGUGCCUGUGCUGCCCGUGCUUGUGCUGCCCGUGCCUGUGCUGCCCGUGCCUGUUGCUGCCCGUGCCUGUUGCUGCCUGUGCCUGUGCUGCCCGUGCCUGUGCUGCCCGUGCCUGUGCUGCCUGUGCCUGUUGCUGCCCGUGCCUGUGCUGCCCUGUGCUGCCUGUGCCUGUUGCUGCGUGUGCCUGUGCUGCCCGUACCUGUGCUGCCCGUCACUGUGUUGCCCGUGCCUGUGCUACCCGUGCCUGUGCUGCCUGUGCCUGUUGCUGCCCGUGCCUGUGCUGCCCUGUGCUGCCCGUGCCUGUGCUGCCCUGUGCUGCAUGUGCCUGGUGCUGCUCGUGCCUACUGUCUGCGCCCUCGUGCGCUCUGCUACUGUCUGCGCCCUCGUGCGCUCUACUACUGUCUGCGCCCUCGUGCACCCCCCCCCCCCCCCCGUUUGCGGCUGUCGCUGA